AUGGGUUUAAUCUUCUCCAGAAAUGGAAAUUCAAAAUCGGUGAAGCUGAACAAGCAGUUAUGUAUUUGCCUCUUGUUGGGCCACAUUUUCCUCCUCCUUCUCAUUGACCGGCAAAUCGUCAAUCAGUCUCAGAUAGGUUGUGCCAUCUCGGGGAUGUUUCUCCACUUCAUAUUCCUAUGUGCCUUCAUGUGGAUGGCCUUGGAGGGUUUUUUCAUCUAUCAUCAACUUGUCCUGGUAUUUCCAACCGGUUCCAAUCUCUCCACACGGACGUACUUCAUCAUCGGUUACGGAGUUCCUUCCGGGAUCGUCGGCACCACUGCUGCGGUGUCCUUCGGCACUGACACAUAUGGAUAUGGUGCUGUACACAGGGAGAUUCUGCUCCCAAACACUACCAUCAUGAUAUUCGAGCUGACUGCCACAAUUGCCAUUGUGAACGCCUCGGUUUAG